UAGUCAUGGAGACCGCGCGAGAGCCAGGCAGCUGGUAGAGUUCUCACAGCGAGUGUUUCCGCACACCUCGAAUAAAGAGCUGGCGAGCCGAGGACGGGGGAACAACACAGCGGCGCGGACGGAACUAGACGACGAAAACUGUGUAUUUUUUCUUUCUGUAUUCCGCCACAUUCUCGUUCGGGUGUCGCCAUUUUUAACGAGCGUUAAUGCCUCGGAUGUGAAGCGGUGAGAGGAGGGCUCGCUGCUGGUAACCUUUACGUUGGUUAAGCCGUAGAGGACUCUCGCUGGUCGCCGGAGGAAAAGAUGUGCGAUGGAAUGGUAGCGUUUCAGACGAGAACCCUUUCCUCCUCUUCUUCCUCUUCCUUCACCUCCUCCUCUCGAGCCCACAGGCUGGCUGCCUCCGUGCUUCUCCUCCUCUUCACCCUGCUCCCUCAUGGUCACGCAUCAGGUUGUGCGCGGCCACCCGGCGUGCAGCACGGAGACUUGCUGAAUCAGACCGAAGCUAACCGGGGCUCUUUUCCCCCGGGCACCCUGCUGACUUAUGGCUGCGAGCCUGGCUACACUGCAGAUGGACCCAGCAGCAUUAUAUGUACCAGCUCUGGAGCUUGGUCCCAUCAACCUCCACGCUGCGUCAGAAGCAACGUGUGUUCGCCCCCCACUGAACCAGAGAACGGGGGCUACCGCUGUCACCCAUCUCCCUGCCACCGCCUCACCCAGAAGACCGUCAUUGAGUACUUCUGUGACGAGGGCUAUGCUCUAAAGGGCGAUUACAAGUUCCUCACCUGCCAGAACGGCGAGUGGGACGGUCCCAUGCAGAUUAGCUGCCGACUCACACAAGACAAGGAGCCCAGCUCUCCACUGGGUAUACCAGCCCUGUCAAUUGUGGCGUCCACAGCCAGUUCUGUGGCACUCAUCCUGCUUUUAGUGGUGCUGUUUGUUCUUGUACAGCCCAAACUUAAGUCCUUCCAUCACAGCAGGAGGGAGCAGGGAGUCUCAGGCCAGCCCAGCUCCAUUAUGGUGGAGGGCGUCCAGGUGACACUGCCCUCCUACGAAGAGGCUGUAUAUGGAAGUGGCGGACCCUGUGGUGCCUCCGGUCCUCCUCCUUCUCCACCGCCUCCUCUGGCUCCUCCAGAGUCGCGAGUCCCCAUCGUGCUCUCUGAGGGGCUUCCUCAGGGAGCUACUGGAGGCCAAGCCCCCAGCAGAAACCGCCACCACAGAGACUUAGACUUCUGUCUCCCAUCUACGUCAUCUUCAUCAUCCUUCUCCUCCCGCCGUCACGCAGAGACUGUGCUGGUUCAUCAAGCCCCCUCUUCCUCUUCCUCUUCUUCAUCAUCAUGGGCUAGAGAGCACCCUGGGGGUGCAUGUGCUGGCCCCCUACCGCUCCGUAGAGACUCUGAGAGUAGCGACCAGCACAGUCUGCUUUCUGUCGCCUCUACAGAUGACUUUUCUGAUGAUAUUCCCCUGUUGAAGGAAGCAUGAAGCCUGCCAGCCUGCUAUCAGCAUCAGCAGCAGAGCCCCUCUCUCCCUAUCUCUGACUGCUGACCAGGACUGACUGACUGUGGCUGUCAACCUUCUUCCCCCUCUCAACUCCCCUCAGCAGCCAGCAGAGAAAAGACUAGAACUACGCCCAUUCCCCCACGCAACCUCUUCUGCCAUUGCUACCCAUGCAGACAACGCCGACAACCAAUACUCCAUGCAUCAUAAGCAGUGACAGAGUACCACUGGACCCAGCUGCUGGAUCAAAAUAAAGACAAGCCAGAUAAACAAAGUGGUGCCAGCUCAACAUAAAUCCUGUAGAUCCCAUGUAUACGAGUAAAACAUACAUCCUGAGUCAAGGUUGUAUACUAUAGGCUAUGUAUUACCAUACACUUGCCUCCUCGCAGGUGUAGUUGUCCAUAUUAAAAUGACCUACAGAGGCUUCAUUGGAGCAGGCUAUAGCAACCGAGACACGUUGACUCUGUCUGGGAUAAGAAAAAAAAUAACUUGUGAUGUUUGCUCCUGACGCUGCGGCGCUCAGAAUCAAAAUCGUCUUCCCGCUGUACUUGAAAAGUUGUGAGUGGCGGCUGGUGUUUUUUGCAGCCCGCUUUGUGAAUGUUGCAUGUUGUUUUUUUAGUUAUUGCUGUCACAGCACGGUGGCCCACUCUGAAUGAAGCAUGAAGCCCCCCUUCUCAGUCUCUCUCGCUCUCCCUCUCUUGCUCUCCCUCUCUCUCAUUUCCUCUCUCUGUCUCUCUCGCUAUCUGUGUAACCGGGUGGCAUCUAGCAUGUGGAUUAGGGGGAUUGACAACCACUUCACAAGAGCUAAAAACAGGGUGCAGCGUCUUACCAAGCACCAUAUCACAACUAUAAAAAGACCCGUCUUGCUCCUUUUCUUUUCUGCUUGCCAGCUGCACCCACGAUCUGGAAGAUGCUUCUCCUGUCGCAUGAGUGGGAUCAAUUGGUGUUUUGGUUCCAGGACUGCGCCGUACAUCUUAUCUUAAUGAGGAGAGGGAGACGGGUAAAAUCACAUUUUGUCUUGAAGCAGAGGAGGCACAGUGAUUGGGCACAUGACUGAACUUCUAGCGUUGUUUAAUUUUCCUCCCACUGUAUUUAUUGUUUGGUGUGUGGCUCGGUUUGCUUUGAGUUGCUGAGUCCGAGAGCAUGUGUGUGUCUGUGUGUGUGUGCGUGUGUGCGUGUGUGCGUGUGUGUGUGUGUUUGUGUGUUUGUGUGUGUUAGCUAGGCAGAAGAUGACACUUUCUCGUAUGGUAGGCCUCGACACAGCCAUAGUCUGAUUUGCCUCUUUUCAGGCUGCACAAUGUCCCCGUCGUUCACCAUAAGAAAACGAGUCACAUGAACAAACCAGCAUCACUUCAGGCAUCGGGGUCCACUACACAAUGUGUGUAUUAUUCAUCCACUCUCGAAUAUUUAUCAUUUUCUGCUGAGUGGCUGUAAAACAAGUCUCCUCAGAGAAAUGGCUCCCGCCCACUUUCAGACUGUACCGAAGACACUCUAAUUUUGUGCUUUAUUGACACAACUGCAACUGGUUGCAGUGAAAACGGGAAAAAAGUUUUGUGAUAUAGCACCCCACCACCGCUACACACACUCACUGAACCCUCCUAAUGCCAAGUGAAAAUGUAAGAGAGAAUCGUGUUAUUUUGUUAGAAAUCAUCUACCUGUUUUCAUCUCCUCUCGAAAAAAGCUUUGGUGGUUGAGCUGGUCACCCUGGAAACAGCAUGACUCCAGAGGAUCCUGAGAAUUACUUUUCAAGCUUAUCUGCUCAGAAGAGCAGUUAACCCCCCCCCCCCCCCACAGAACAACCUGUGUGGAUUCCUGUUCUCAAUUUUAUUUGGCAUUUGUGGCUGUCUGUCAGUGUCAACGGCUACAUUAUUAAUGCAAACAGAAUGUUGCCUUAGACUUGUACAUUUUCUUUUGUAUUUUUUUUUUUGUUGGGAUGUAUAAUCUUAAGCCUCCGCGUUGGUUGCUUUACAGUACUGCAACGUGUUCUGUUUUCCCAAUGGCCUUACUCUGUUCUUUUUCUAUUCUAUGCAUACAACUGUCUUUGUGUAUUUAUCAAUGACUUUACUUCUGUUGUGGACACGACUAAACGAAUGUCCAUCCUUCUCUGUCCUCCUGCCCUAGCUUUUCCAGCUACUGUGAAGAUGAUGGUGAUGAACCUAUAAGCACCUAUAUUUCACUGUUCUUUUGCUUCUCUUUUGCUACAAGGCAUUAAGAAAUAACGGGAUUGAAAAGAAAAAAAAGUGAAAUUAAUUUUUGCAUUCAGAAGCACUGUUGUACGGUGUUGCUUCCCUGAAAAAGAAAACAAGUUAAAAAAAAAAAAAGUACACAUCUUGAUUCUAGGUUUCGAUGCUUUCAGCUUUGUUUUUUUUUUUCCUCUGUACAUGGCAGUGGGUGUGAAGAUAGUAAUUUAAUAUUUGUAUAAAGUUUAAUUUAAUUUUACAGUGUGUAUAUAACUUUCUAAUUAAAGCUUUCUUUUGAAUGUGGAA